GUGACGUCACAUCCAUCAUGGCAGCCUACAUCAGCCGGUUACACCACAUUUCUCUACACGUCUCUAACGUGGAUAAAUUCGCCAGUGACCUCGUGUCCAGGUUUAAAUUCGUCCUGUUCGCGGCCAGACUCGGUGAGCGGACCCGGCAGCUGGCUUUCCGGAAAGGAUCGGCGGUUUUCGUGGUGAACGAGAGACCGAAUCCCGGCCCCGGCGGAUUGAAUGAAGACCUGCGUGUCAUCAGUGACCGACCUGCAGCCCACACACAGCGGAUCCACGCGGGUAAACCCCACCAGGACGGGGGUCUGAGGUGUCUGUAUGACGUCAGCCCCUAUUACCCAGUAGACACCGCGUGUAAUGUGUGUUUCGAGGUGGAGGAUGUGGAAAGGUCAUUCAAGGCUCUUCACCAUCUGGGCUGCGACUUCCUGGUGCCUCCCACGACCAUCCGGGACCACAGGGGUCUGCUCACCUACUCUGUGGUCCAGUCCAUCGUGGGUAAUGUGUGCCACACGUUGAUUGACAGGUCGAAAUAUGAGGGCGGGUUCUUGCCUGGGUUUGAUGUUAUUGGAAAAGACUACAGCCUGCAGGAGGAGGAGGAGGAGGAAGAGGAGGGGGAGGGGGCGUGUCCUGUCACACAUUUUGACCACAUCACCUAUGCCUGUCCCAGGAAAACCACCCACCAGGUCAUGAGGUGGUACGAGAGGCUGUUUGGGUUUCAGAGGUUUUUCAUUGACAGUAAUGAGGACGUGGAUGAAGGUUACGUCUUAAACCAGGAAGGCAUCGGCCUGCGUCUUACUGCCAUGGAGUACUGGAAGUGCAGCAGAGCCGGCCUGACUCUUCCAUCUGCCCAUAAAAAAGAGGCAGACUGCAAAUUUGUCAUCGCAGAGUCACUGCCUGAACAAGGUAGGAACCAGGUGGACACGUUUCUGGAGCAGCACAGGGGUCCAGGCAUCCAGCACAUUGGACUGUACACUAAAGACAUAGUCUCUACUGCACAGACCAUGGCUGAGGCGGGGGUACGCUUCUUCUCCCCCCCACCUGCGUACUACACUGAGGUGGGCAAACAGCAGGAAAUCCAGGAGGCAGGACACAACCCCCAGAUGCUGGCGCAGCACGGGAUUCUCCUGGACACAGACCUGCACCGAGACCCGUCAGCGCAGACAGGAUGUGGAGAAAACACCAGGUACCUCCUCCAGGUCUUCACCAAGCCCCUCUUUACAGAAGACACCUUCUUCUUGGAGCUGAUAGAGCGAAGGGGGGCGUCGGGCUUCGGCGAGGGCAACAUCCGAGCGCUGUGGAGGUCUGUGCAGGCGUACAUGGAGAACGAAGAAAAGGCAGCGCUUAAAACUGUGAAAUCUGCUCAACCUUAAAUAAAUACGAAUAUGGUCAUUUUAUUUUGUUUAUUUUAUAUAUUACUGUACGAGCACUUAUCAGGGAGGAAAUACUUCAGAUGUUUAUAUAUAUAUGUUUACUUCGUGUACUGUGACUGAAUGUUGCACAGGGCGUUAUUCUGACAGGCGUCUGCAUGGCUGAACAGGUAUUGUUCCAAAUACACUCUUACAGUUGGAAAGUGAGAAACGACGACUCCUUCCCUUCCAUAAAUCUGUCACCUUAGACUGUGAAACUCAAGUAUCUGGUUCAGGUGAAUGUGCUCCUGUGUUUCAGAGAAUGUAUUUAAGGCAGCCUUCAGGUAAAUAUGACCUGUCUACAGGUGUGAAGUCGAACUCUUUAUAUUUACUUAAAUUAUUAGAGUACCAGUCUGACAUGUUGACAGGUUCUAGUGCCUCAGACUGCUAUAGGUACCUGUAGAUGUGGAUUACUGUCCAAGAAGACUGUGUUAAGCACUAAAAUACUCCACUGGCUCUAGCUUUCAAGUAUUUGAACUUUUUUGUGUGUUUUUUUUUUCUUUUUUUCACUUUAACUGAUUAUUUCCAAAAGAGAUGAUGUUAUGUUACUUGUGCUUCGUUAACUCCAUGUCUUUAUUGUCAUAUGCACAGAAGAACAAGUUCAGCAACAAUAAAAAUCUUGGUUUCA